AUGGUGAAGAAGAAGAACUCCACCAUCGCCGCCAGCGUUGCGAGUAGCGGCGCCGCCUCCAAGACUUCUCCCAAUCCACCGAGGAGAGGUGCUCCAGAUGCUGCUCCUCCAGCUCCGGCGCCGCCAGCGCCGUCUAGUUCUACAGCUGGGCCCAAUCCUGGCGAUUGGCCGGCGUCUACCGCCACGAAGCGCAAUGAAAAGAAGGCUCGGAGCCUUGGACUAAUUUCUUUCGAAGAAGGGAAUACCCUCACAGCUCCUGAAGACUUGCGAGGCUUGUCAAUUGAUACUUCUGAGGGAAGAGAUUCUUCGGCUCCUACUGGAUUUCAUACCGAAGAAAAUGCAAGCCCCAAGGAUGAACGUGAUGACCCGAUAAACUCUAAAGCCGAUUUUAUUAAUCCUCCAUCCCCAGCCAAUGAUAUUAGCGACACGGCAGAGUCAAUGCAUGACGACGAAGCUGAUCAUGCUGCCUUUGUUGAUGCAGCGGUGGAGGAGGCCAAAGCUUUGCCCGCAAAGAGGCCAUCCGGCGGCUUUGCCGACGAAGAUGAUCUUUUUGAUCUGGACGAAUGUCUUAUCGAGCCCCCGCUCAAGAAAGUCAAAUCUAGCACUGUUCCUGCAGCUUCCGAGGCUUCAGCCCCUGCCGCAGCCCCCACAGCUCAGUUAUCGACCGCUUCUUCCCUUUCCAAGGGGAAGCAUAUUCCUUCGGCAGCCGCAGCUCCUUCUUCGGGGAAACCUGAUCUGCGAGCAGUCAUAUCAUCCUUAGAGGCUUUCGCUUCUCAAUACACUUCCUUGGAAGCCUACAAGGCCCGAUUGCAGGAGGAGGUCAAAUAUUCCUCGUCGAAGCUAGAGGGCCCAACAAGAAUAGCUGCCAAAGCUCGCCAGGAAGUUGACUCCCUAAAGAGGGAGCUCGAGGGGUUGAAGAAGAGGUUGAAGGAUGAAGAGGCUUCCAGGCUAUCCGCUGAGGCUUGGGCGAUUGAACGGGAUGAUCUUCUUCGUCAAUCUUCCUUGGCCUUGCUCGAAGCCGCUGAUAUUGGAGUCGAAGCUUUGGACAAGCUCCCAAACAAUUCCCCAGCGAAUGCCCUGUCGAUGACUCUUGCAUCCCAUCAGCUCACGCAGGACCUCCUUCAGAAGGGCAAGGGAGCCAUGGCAUGGAUGCACUCAAUGAUCUUCCCCAAGAUUAAUCAAGAGAAGACUUUGGGGCAACUGAUCGAUGCUUUCGCCAUCAACACCAAGGAAGUCAUCGAGGUUUUCCCCGUGCAUGCGUUUGUCGAUGAUUCUUCGGGUGCUGUUUCUGAAAGUGAUCGACUCCAACGUAGGAAGGAUCGGAUCGCGCAGAUGAAAAAGGAUUUGCGCAGGCCACCGAAAGUUUAA